CGCAACCGCGUCUUGAUUCCUCAGGCUUCACUUAUACUUAGCAAUUGUCCGUUCGGGAGGGGUUAGAUACGAGACGGGACAAUAUCCUAGUAUCCUCUUUUCGGACUAUCUCUGCGGCGUACUUUGCUUCAAGACUCCCUUCCUAUCUACUCGUCAUCCGUAUUCCGGUCAAAACCUCACCGCUACUGUCAUAAUCAUAAACUCCCACCUUCUCUCACCUACUCAUACGAACGCACAUCCAACAUCGUAAAGGCGGGAAAUUCCAUUACUGUCAAACCUUUGAGCGGGAUCUACGCCUAUCGACCAAUUGAAGCCCGUUUGCGAUAGGACUGACUCGCACCUGGGUAUCCCCACCAACCAGCCAGCCAACUUGAACCGGCCGGCACUUUGUCUCUUACCAACUUCCAACAUCUCCUCCUCGCCCGCACACGAACACAUACAGCUCGAUGAGCGUCUUGACGGUCACUGGGACUAAUAUCCCAGAUCCCACCUUACCCUACAACUACAACCCUUCUCAUUCUCAAAACACCCCUCUACCUUCUCGUACCGACGCAACGGCGGCGUCGGCGCCUCCAGGCAAUUACACCCGUCCAGAUAGAAAGUCCUACACCUUGACGACAAAUUCUCAAAUACCGUCAGCGCCAACGAUUAGCAAUCACCACCAUACUCGAACCGUCUCUUCAAACACUAACCCUUCCACUCACUCUCGAGAUCCUUCCUCUUCAACCUCCGCUUAUCCUCAACCGAACCACACGCGAGUUCCCUCCUCGUCUCACUUCCGUCACUCCUCCACUUCCAACACCAUGAGUAUGCACAGACAAGGGACCACAUACUCCGCCACGAGUUUACCUCGACGGUCUACCUCUGGUCGAUCUACAGCAACAAAUAGUCCAACCUCGUAUGUGGCACUAAUGCGGAAACAAAAAGCCACAGUAUGGUGCGACCGAUCACAAAGCAUCGAUCCCAGACUAGCAGCGGCGCAGAAAGUUGCAAAGCAACGGGCGGCUAUGGAAGUACAAGCUGUGAAUCAUUCCGGAAGAACAAGUACUAUCAGUUCGGGAGGAGUGGUCGGAAAAAUAAGACAUGGCGGCGUUCCCAAAGCCCCAGGAUAUGUUCCGGCUAAUAUGAACGGGGCCUCAGUACCACUUCGACUCAGUGCAAACGAGAUGUUGGGUGAUGAGGAAGAAGACCAAAGUUUGGGAGACAACAGCAUGCGGCACGCACGGACAGGAAGCGGCAAAAGCAGCACAAACAGCAUGAAAUAUCGAAGCGGGUAUCCCAGACAGGAUCAGGGCCGCUUCAGCAGUACGAGUACGCCCAGUGGAGAAGGAUCCCCGAGUCGAGGCAUUCCCGAAGACCCAGAGCACCCGACAAGACCGGACGAUCACGAUAAUGAUAAUGGAAAACGAACACCAGCCGACAGCGAGGAUUCGUUUGGCGAGCUCAAAGACCUGGCAGGACCAAGUUCGGUACACAGAGCACUGGAGCAAGCCAAAACAGCAGAGGAUCUACGGCGGCGAGGCAGUGUGGACGAACGGACAAUGAGCAUGGGUGCAGGUGUUCGAUUAUUUGUGGCCAACCCUGACGUGGAGGACUAAUCAAGGCUUAUGGAAUGAGUUUUUUAAUUUGCGGGAGUUUGGCUGAUAUCGACGAGGCAUACGUCGACUGAUUAUCAGGGCAUUGUGCGCUUCAGAGAACUGGUGCAUCAUGAGCAGAUGCUACUUACUACUUUCUCUCAAUGGAGCUGUGGAUGAGGCGUUUCGACCUCAUCGUCUUCAAACACAACAGA